AUGUGUCACCCGAAAAAAACGGUCCAACAUUAUUUAAAUUGUCCUUCGGCUCCGCCAACUAAUUAUAAUGAUACUUUGAACAGGUAAAAACCAUCAAUUUGAUGAAAUCCUAUUGAAAUAAAAUUAAAGAUUGGAAGUUUCAUAUUAUAUUCAAGCUGCGAAUCGUGUUAGCCAUUGGUCGCCAGUCGGAGCUGUCAGUUCAAAAUUCGUUUAUGUUUUUGAUGAAUUUGAAAUUUCAGCCAUUGAGCUGUCUGAACAAGUUGAAAGCCAAUAUUGAGAUUUUACGCGAAUUGGAGAUUCCAACACGAUUCGAAAAUGUUAGCUUCAUACACCUAAUUUUUAUUUUUGAAAUAUUUUUAGAGAGAUAUUGGAAUUUUGAUCGCUGUGAACCACGACAGACGUCACAUUGUAGUGGCUUUUCGCUCCACUAAUGACAUAGUUCAGGUUUUUUUUUUCUCACACAGAAAAUAAUCAAGCCUAUAAUUUCAGUUCAUGACCCAAUAUCUGACUUUUGCUCUCGGAAUGAUGGACGAGUCGCCUUUUGGCGGAAAAAUGAAUUCCUAUUAUGCAAGGGCCUAUCAAGACAUUUUGAAUUAUGGAUUUGAUGAUUAUUUGAAGGAAGACAUGAGGAAAUAUCUAGGCUACAGCAUAUUUGUAAGUUUAUACUGUAUAUUUGCGAAAAAUUCUCGCUGGAGUGUUUAAAGAUGCACAGGACUAUUCAUGAUAUUGAAAAAAAGGCUUCAAAUUGUUAAAUGGAGUUUCUGCGCCUUCAAACAGUCCAGUAAGCGUUUCUGAACAAUUUAUAAAAAUGGCAUGAUUUAAUAUGUAUACUUAUAAUAAACAAAAAAAUUCAAAAAUUUAAAUGAAAAAAUAAAGGAAAAUUGAAUUUAAAAAUUAUUUACGCACUGUUACUCAGUAUACGCCAAUGUAAACUCUAUGGCGCAUAUGGCGUGCAUAUAAUUUUUCGACGACUUUUAUGCCGUGUUCAAUUUGAAUCCGCGAAAUGCAAAAUACCCGUUAGAGAAAGGAAAAGAUCACUAAAUUUUGGAGAGUCAGAGAUCAUUUUGCAUUUCGCGGAAAUUACUUUGAACACGGCAUUAGAUUAAAAAAUUUGUUUUGAGAAGAUUAAACGGAUAGAUUCACCCUACCCGAAGUUCUUACCGAUUUCAGGUGACCGGUCACUCAUUAGGAGGAACCCUGGCCAACAUUUUCGCUCUUCAUAUCGCUAUGAAAUUGGGUCGAAACGACGUCACAGUUUAUUCUUGGUCAUCACCUAGAAGUGGUGAUGAGACUUUUACACAACUCUAUCAUCAAUAUGUGAGUUCGGAUCAAAAAUUUAGAAGAGUUUCAAUCAGUUUUAAGCUCGAAAAGUUUUCAAAAACUGAUCUUCUCCCAUUUUUAGGUCCCAAUAGCUUUCCGAAUCGUGCGUGAUGGUGAUUUUGUAGCUGACUUGCCAUUUCGUAUUUCUCAAACCAUUCCGACGCCCCAUCAUAACGGUUUUGAGGUUUUUUUUUACCCUGCUUUGAAGUUGAAAAUUAUAUUCUCUUUAGAUCUUCUACCAAAGUCAUAUGUUAUCGGAAAAUUAUGUGGUCUGUAAUCAACCUGAAACAGAGUAUUGUUUAAAGGUUCGAUUUUUAGGCCCAAAUUAUGUUUUCAAAUACAAAAUUUCAGGGCCAAUGGUAUAAGAAACCGGUGUCGCACAUGUACCUAUUCGAUCAGAACUAUGCAAAUUAUAAACUUGGAUUUUGCGAAUAA